UUACUUCACUUCCGUCUUCCACUCGUCAACUGUUUACAAUUUUUCAUAACAAAUCCUUCAUCAUGAUAAAACUUUUGGAAGCCGGUGUUGUGUUUACAAUGAUUAUACAUUUAAUAUUUUGCCCCUAUACUAAAGUUGAGGAAAGUUUCAACAUUCAAGCAGUUCACGACAUCAUCAAUUACGGCUUUGAUCUUGAGAAGUAUGAUCAUCUGGAGUUUCCUGGUGUAGUUCCACGUAGUUUCUUAGGACCACUUGCUAUAGCAGCUCUCUCUUCUCCUUUUGUCAUUCUUAGUAACCUGACUGGUGCCACCAAAUUUGCUCAACAAUAUAUAGCCAGGGGAACUUUGGGAUUAGCCACAUCCCUCUCUUUUGUAAUUUUCUGCCGAGCUAUAGAGUCAGGCUUUGGAAAAAGUAUCAAAAGAUGGCUGAUUCUCAUCACUAUGACACAGUUUCACUUCAUGUUCUACAUGAGCCGGCCACUGCCCAAUAUUUUUGCUCUUAUUCUAGUCAUGCUGGCCCUGGCCUGUUGGCUGUACCAGAAGCACAAGAGUUUCAUCUGGCUGUCAGGGGCAUCAAUCAUCAUCUUCAGGUUUGACUUGAUUAUGUUUCUUGGACUAAUCGCUCUUCAUGAACUUGUUGUUGGGCGGUUGGCUGUGGUCAAAUUUAUAGUCAACACUUUCCUAGCUGGUGCUUGCUUGCUGGGUCUGACUGUUGUUGUUGACUCUUACUUUUGGCAAAGAUGGCUGUGGCCUGAGGGGGAGGUAAUGUGGUUCAACGUUGUUCUAAACAAGAGCUCUGAGUGGGGUACAUCCCCUUUUCUGUGGUAUUUUUAUUCAGUAUUGCCAAGAGCUUUGUCAGCAUCUUUUAUUCUAGUUCCUGUUGGGGUGUAUCUGAUGCGGCAUGUUACAGUUUUGCUUUGGCCUGCAGUCGGGUAUAUAGUUCUUUUCUCAUUCCUACCUCACAAGGAAUUGCGGUUUAUUAUCUAUACAUUCCCAGUGUUCAACACGGUAGCUGCCUGUGCAUUAUCAACGCUAGUGCACAAUAAAGACAAGUCUGCCCUGAGAAAACUUGUGGCCCUAGGAGCUAUUGGUCUACUUCUGCUGAACACAGCCACAACUCUAGGGUUUCUGUUAAUAGCUCAUCACAAUUAUCCAGGUGGAGCUGCUAUCAAACUCUUACAUCAGCUGGAAAAAGAUUCUUCAGGUGUACAUGUCCACAUUGACGUAUUCACUGCACAAACAGGAGUGACCAGGUUCACCCAGUUACGGCAGGACUGGAUCUAUAACAAGACAGAAGACUUGGCUCCUGGAGGGCCAGACAUGAUGCAGUACACACACCUGCUACUUGGUGUCCCUGAUGGUGCAAGCAAACCACUGGCAGUGUACGCUGACACCCACACUGUGCUGGCCACAGUCUCAGGGUACAGCGGAAUCAGCAUUGACAAAUCAGCAUUCCCACCAAUUCGUGUUCAAUUGUCAGAGAAGUGUUAUAUUUUAAAAAAGAAUUUGAUCCAUUAAAUGCAAUUAGAAUGUCAAAUUCAUUUUAACAUGUUGCGUCAAAUAAUAAAGCUAGAGAUAGCACUGACUGAUCUAGUUUUACAACUGGGAUUAUUCUGACCAAUCUAGUAUUAGUAUGAGAUUUUAUUGACUGAUACAGAUUAUUAUAGUAUGGUAACUCAGGGGAUGGCUUAAUUGACUGUCCAUGUUUUUAAUAAGUGGUAUUUUUUAAACAAUGGGGGGAAAAAAGCACUCUGACAAUAUUUCAUGUGGCAAUGUUUUUCAAGUGAAGCACACCACACUCUUAGCUUUUUUGGUGUAUUCCAAAUCAUCUCUAGUCAGUUUCAUUUUGGGAAAACCUUAGCUUGCAUUAAAUGCUUGGUAAUAAAUAAAAUCUUUAUAGUUUAAGACCUGUUGAAAAUUAUCAAUGUAUUUGUUUUUUUAAUUUCUAAAAAUGUGUAGUCAGUAAUGCUUGUUAUGAGAUCAUUAAUCAGCAUUACACAUCUAAUUAGUGAUAUAGUAUUUUAAAGUCAAGUUCUGAGUAUAAUUGACUGAAGAAUGCCUGUGAAAUCCAAGCGUUACUUUGAAAAAAACUUUUGUGGGGAAAGUGGUAUGUGAUUGACAACUGCUCUUAGUGUCUAUACCUCUGUCUUUUGGCUGUUAUCAAUUUGUUAAUUUCAACACUUGUGUAAUGAAAAAAAAGGCACAGUAAAACCAAAAAAAAAACACUUUGAAUGCUUAACAUCUACAGAAAUUCUAGAUAAUCAUUGGCUGUAGAAGAUCUAAUUUUAAUAAUGACUUCUGGCUCAUUAUUUUAAAUUUAAAACACUAAAUUGGAUUGGUUUUGUGUUUGAAAUAAGGGAAUUACUGGGUUUUUUAAAAUUCCAUUGUUAGGUUUAAGUUGUUUUUUUUUAUGUAAUGAUCAACUAGCAGCCCAUUAGUUCAACAAAAUCCCACAUCCUGGUAGCUGUUUGAUCCAUCCUGAGUUACUGACAUAUCAUUAACCGAAAAGUUAGUGAUUGACCCAUAAGAACUGACAUUGAAUUGUGAUUAGUGUUUAUAAAAGAUCAUUGUGAAUGACCUAAGACUUACCAGCAUAAAUACAUUUCAGAUGUAGCUGUCAAUGACAUUGAACUGUAACUGACUUUUAAGAUUUGUGUACCAUGUGAUCUGUGUCCAUAUUUUUUCCCCAUCAUUUCAUGUUCUGUUGUGCAAUAGGUACAUUUCAUUCAUCAUCUAAACAAUGGCAUCUUAUCAUGACAAAUUUGUGUUUUUUUAAACUUCCUGUUGCAUUUGUUUUCUAUAUUAAAGGACAGAACUAUUAUUGAAACUAAAUCAACUAGCUUAAAAAAAAAGAGUUAAACCUGUAAAGUUUUAAGCAUGUGAAUUUAACCACAAUUAUUUGUUAUUCCAUUUUUGUAGUGUAAGUUCUUUGAAUUUCUUGGAAACAGAUUUUUGACAUCUGAUAAAAUUAAUUUUUUUGACCAAAUAGUGCUACAUGUUUGUCCCUUAGCUUUGAUCUCUGGUGUUCCUGUGAAAAGGUUGAUCUGUUUGAAAUUGUUUUUGGAAUUGGGUUUUCUUUUUUAAAUAUUGUUGUGUUGUUUUUUUUUACUUUAUAAGUAUUUAAUAUUUUUAUUAGUAUGGAAAUAUUAAUUUUUAAUUUAAAUGUAAGUGAUUUCAGUGGGCGUGUUACUUAGUUUCUUUAUUAGUGGACUUGGUUGGUUGUGAUUAUUGAUUUCAAGUAAAAAGUCUGUUGACUGGUGAGCAAAAAAAAAGUCAUGAAUGCAUUUCAGCAGUAAAUAUAUAUAUAUAACUUUCACAUUAUCUCACCAAAUUCAAAAAUGAAAUGAAGGUUUAUUUAAAUGACAGAAACAAUUUGAUUACAAAAUGAUAUAGCAUCUAGUGAUGAUUUUGAAGUUCUGUAAAAGCUAUUAUAAAAAAAAAAGUGUUUUGAAGUAAAAGCAUUCAUUCCUCUGUCUUUUGCAAAGAGAGUCUCAUUAACAUAUCUAUCCUUUCUUGAUGUUAUUGUGCCAUCGCUAGCAGUGACAUACAUGGCCACAAAAACCUAAUGAACUAGAUUAUAAGUUCCUUGAAAUGAAUGUGACUAAACAUAUCUUUUUUUUGUUGUGUGUUGCUGUUGAACUGAACUCCUGAUAGAUGUCUUCUUCAACACCUGAUAGAAUUUAGAUGUUUUCUUCAACACUAGGAAUAUAUGUGUGUGAACUAUCACAAACUUAGGAAGAUAUGAAGCAGAUGUCAUAAUAUCAUGCAACCGUUUUUUUUAUACAAUGAGUAAAUUUAGAUAUAAUACAUAACAAGUUUCUUUUUUAAAAAUUACAUGUGACAACAGAAAACGGAAAAACUUUAUAUUCAAAAUCAACGGUAAAAUGUUUGAUUUAAACUGAAAUUAAAACUAAAGAUGACUUUGGGUGAUCCUUUUAUUUUACAGUUGAACUGCCCACAUUAAAAAUUAAAGGAGAAAUGUAUCCACUUGUACCUACAUUUCUUUCAAUCAUGGACUGUACUUUUGCUGAAUCUAUAGCAUUGCUGGGGAUAGGGUGCAAAUGUGGUUAGUGCUUUUGAGAAAACACUUUGGGAACCUCUUUGUUAACUCACUAAUUGAUCCUAUAUUGGGAAUGCACUAUCAAAGCUUUAAGUUCAGAUGAAAUGAAUAGUGACAUUCUUGAACCGACUUGAUAUUAUUGUUACUGUUCUGUUCCAUUUGUGAAAAUUUCAUGUUACUGUGUCUCUGUUUACAUUUUAAAUUAUUCCAACAUUUUCUCUUUUCCUUUUCAUUCCAAUAGAAGUGAAUGUUAGUGGUAACUUCUUUAUUUUAUACAACUUCUCUUUUUAUCAAAUUCUUUCAUUCUGUGUAUUAAGCAUUGACAAAUCCCAUUCUUAUAUUGUAUGACCAACUUUUAAGGAGUCUUGCUAUUAGAAACAUUCAGUACGUUGUUCUCAAACCUUCAUGAUCUCAUUUUGUAAAUUGAAAGGAAUAGUCAUUAAAGCAGCGGUUCUCAACAUUUUAAGCCCCGCGACCCAUUUUUACAACCCCUCAUUCUUCCGCGACCCCACACCCACACAGCAAUAGAAGAAUUGACAAAAACAAUCCAUUUAUCGAUGGUCUUAGGCGACCCCUGGCAUAUUGUCAAUUGACCCCUAAGGGGUCGCGACCCACAGGUUGAGAACCCCUGCAUCAAAGGCUUGUAAAAAACAACUUUGAACUUCAGAACACUAGGAAAUAUAAAAAGUUAUAAAGACUUUUCCAGAGUAUUGCAACAUAGCGUUGGUUUAGCUAUUUCUUCUAGGCUUCUACAAAUGCCACAAGCACUGUGUUCCAGUUUUAAAUGUAAAGAUUGGUUCAAUUUGUUUUAAAUGUAAAGAUUGCUUCAAUUUGUUAAUGGUUUAGAAUUUGUAAGAUGUAUUUUUUUAAAUAUGUAUUCCUAGUUGAAUAACUUUUCAUUCCAAAGAAAACUACACUAUUGAAAUAUGUCUAGAAUUCAGUGUAAAAAAAUGUGUUGACAUUUUUAUUUUUACUAUUUUAAAUGUUUACACUGUAUGUUUGUGAAGUAAUACAAAGUUUUGUUUUUUCCCCCCAUAAAACAGCAAACCAUGUAAAUUUUGCCCCGCAGUAUAGCAAAAGGUGGUAAUUGUGCCCCACAGAACAGCAAAAAGGGUUAAAAGUGCCCCACAGUACAGCAAAAAGUUGUUUUUUACCCAGCUUUAAAACAAUCAGAAUUAGUAAAAAGAAUAUUUUGUCUACAUAAUGAUAUUUUAAUUGUUUUAUCCUUGAACUUUAAUAAGGAAACAAAAACCUGUUAUUCUGAAGCUGAUGAUGUAUGCAUUUUAAAUUUGACAACUGCUGCUCAGCCAAAUCAAAUGUAAUCUACGUUCCUAGUGAUAUUGUUCGACAUCACAAUUUGUAAACAAAGAGAAUUAAAUGUGCUAAAAUACAUAAAAUUAUUUCAGAUUUUGUUUUAUGCCAUUUUUCAUAAGAAGUCUUUCCAUUUCAAAUCUGAAAAUUCUGUAUAAAAUUUGUCAAUGUUAUUCUAAGUCCCAGAUAUUUUCUUAGUCAAUAGUUUAUGAUGUAGAUAUAUGUAGUGAUUUCUAAGAAAAAGAAGAAAACUUUAAAAUAUUAUAUUUACAAUCAUCUUGUUUCUCUUUUAAUAGCGUAGUAUAGAAUUGCUGCCAUGUUAUGUGAUUUGCCUUUUGGACUGCCAUCACCAUGGUGCUGAGUGUGAAUCGUGGUGACAGCUAUCGUCCAUAAUCCUGCAGGAGGUUUUGGCCAGGACAUAAUUAUUUUAAUUUCUGAAUAAAUGUCCUAAAUAAACAAAGAAAAAAAAAGUGGGAUGGAUAGAAGCAAACAAGAGGUCUACAUUGGGAAAAGAAAAAUCACAUUACCUUGUAGGAAAAAUGUUGGAUAGUGUUAUUCCAUUGUAGCAUGAUUGCUAAGUAGAAAAUAACAGACUGGAUAAGUAUUUUUACCUAAUCACGAUAUUAAUGACUUCAUUUUUUUUUUAAACCAUAGACAUUAGUUUUAUUUCUCAUGCAUUUUAAUUAGUAAGAAAAGACAAAACACAUUUCAAAAUUUGUUUCUGCUGAAAAUUUUGAGAAACGUUUAUUGUUUGUAAUCAUAUAGUUGUAUAUAAAUAUGUUUCAUUAUACAGAAGUCAAAACUGGUACUAGAAAUAAAAACAUAAUCUUUCAUAUAAAUCAUUUCACAAAGAUUGAAACACUUGUACAUUUACAAGAAAUGGAGAUAUGAAAAAAAUAAUAAUUGAAAUGUCAAUGACAUUUGAUUAAAAUAGGUUUGUUUAGAUGGCCAAAUAUUUUUCUAUUUUAAGAAAAUGAAUCCAAAUAUUUAAGUACAAUAAAUUGUAAAAGUUACAGAGUGGUAAGUAGUAGUGAUUAAAAAAAAAAAAGGAAUAUUUUAUAAAUAUAAUUAUAAUACAUGAUUUAUUGUUUUAUUCAUUUAAUGUCAGAGUUAAAAUUUAGUUUUAAAACAAAAAUACCC